UAAUCACUAUACCAAUUUGUGCACUUAUUUCUAUUCUUAAAUAAAAUUUCAAUCUCAGAAAGUUUGGCAACAUCUCUGCAGUUGUUUUUGUUUGCAAAAUUGAGUUUUCUUUUUUAAAUACUCUAGGGAAGAAUAAGAUUUAUUUUUCCAAAAAUUAAUGACAUUGAGUUCUGAAGGGCUUAGUGGGAAAUCUGUACCAAUAUGGGCGGUGGAGCUCGAGAAGUAGAUUCAAUUGAAAUUCCCCUUGUUCAUGUGAAACAGCACUUAUCUUGGGACUGUGGAAUAUCUGCUGUAAUGAUGGUUCUGAGUGAGAAAGAUAGAACGUAUAUGAAAGAAAACCUUGAGGAAGUUUCAAAGCAAGAAGGAUUUGAUAAAAGUACUUGGACAAUAGAUCUAGCAUACUUACUUCAGAAAUUUGGAGUCUCACAUUUGUAUUUGACUAUAACAUUGGGAGUUAACCCUGGUUAUUCAGAAGAGGAUUUCUAUCAAAGAGUUCUUAAAAAGGAUGCUCAAAGGAUCAAUGACAGAUUUUCAGCAGCUCAUCUAAACAAUGUCAAAGUUGAAAAAAGAUCUGUGAAGAUAGAUGAAAUUUUAGAUCAUCUCAGUUGUAAUAAUCCUGCAAUUGUCCUUGUAAAUGCCAACUUGCUGUUUUGUGAUACAUGCACCUGCCAUACUAAGAAGUGCCUGAUGCAAGUUCUUGGUUGUUGUAAUAGUUCCUUUGCUUAUCAGGGUCACUAUAUUGUCCUUUGUGGGUUUAAUAAAACAGAAAGAAAAAUACUUUACAGAAAUCCAUCAGUAUUCAAUAAAGUGUGUACGAUUCCAUAUGAUUCUUUUGAAGUGGCCAGGAAGAGCUUUGGGACUGAUGAAGAUGUUCUGUUUGUUUUCUGCAAUUCCUGAUGCUUUAUACAUAACUUUCUUUCUCAAAAUAUGAACAAUUUGUGAAGUAGUGUUUAAAGGGUAGAGUAGGCCUUGUCUAUAUUUUUUCUUAGUAAUAAAAGUUAUGAUUUAACAUAAUUUUUAUGUACUUACAAAACUGUCAUUUUUUUGUGAAGCAAAUUUCACUUUCCAUUUUAGAAGUGCUAUUUCUCUCUGAUUCUCUCUCCUUGUCUUUUAUAUUUGUAUGCUAUAUGUGAAGUUUUAGAAUUUUGUACAGGAUAUAUUAAUAAUUAUUUGCUUUUUUUUUUUUUUGAUAUUUAUAAGCAAAAAUCUCUAUUUACACAAUUUAUAUGAUAAUUCUAAUACCAAUAUUUAUCCUGAAAAGAUUUUCUAUUAUUAUAUAUGUUACUAUGAACUAUUGCAAUCCAGGCUGCAUCGAUAAUGCAGAUUAUUAAUUUUAUAAAAUAUUUUUUAAAUAAUUAGAAAAUUAACACCUUUUUUAUUAUUGUUAUUUAAUUGAAGUUCAAUUGGCAGCUAAUAUUUAUUUAUUAGCUAAUGGGUUGUUUUUUUGUUGUUGUUGUUGCUUUUUGUUUGUUUUUGUCAGUCUCAAAUGGCCAUUUAAAGACUUUGAAAUUAAUGAAGAUGUCUCUAAUUUCUGUAUUCAUGUUAUUAUCAGAAUUACUUAUUUUUAUAGGGGAAAAGAAAUUCUAUAAAGUCAAACAGUUUAUAAAGAUAUUGUUUUAAAAAUAUGAAUAUGUGUAAUUACUGUAUUUAAUAUCAUAAAUUUGUAUUUAAACCAAGACUUAUAUAGGAUUCACAGUAUUUUUCUUUCCUUCCCCACCGAGAUAUUUUGUAAAAUGUUUUGAAUGAAUGUUUUCAAAAUUAUAUGCAAGAUAAAACACAUGAUUUUCAAUUAAAUACUAAUGUUGUUAGUCAUAUAUGUUGAUUUUAUUGUAUUUGUAAUUGCACAAAUUUAUUGCAUGAAAGUGACAAGCUUUUCAAUGCAUUAGUCGAUUAUUCUGUGAUUAUUUAAUGUUUGUUUUCCUGUGAUAAUUGUUUGAACUUUGUGGUAUGUUUUUGAUAUUCAAAAUUUUAUUAUAAAAUGCAAUAUAGGGAACUGUUUAAAAGGCGGCCUUAUAUAUCUUUUAAACAAUUUUAUUAUAUAUUUAUAUUAUUUUAAAUAAAAUGUAAAUUUAUAAAACUUGUGUGAUUUUUUAAAAAUUUCAAUCUGGAUGUAUAUUUUGACAAAUUUGUAAUUUUAUUCUGGCUAAAUGGUAAUUUCAAUAAAUGUAAUCAAGAUUAGUAGUUAUAUGAAGUUAUAAUUGAUUGAAUAAAUUCGUCUAAAAUAAGGCAAUAUUUUGCAUUUUUUUAUUAAUUACUCAGUUCAUCAAAAUACUGGUUAUUUCUUGCAAUUAAUCAUAAUUUCUUCAAAAAUAUGAUAACAUAAUAGCUACUUAAUUGUUAAUUUUAAAAUCUAACAAGGACUGGACAGUGCUAUUUUUGUCAUAAAAGAUUAUUAUAUACAUUUCUUCAUAGUAGAAUAUGGCAUAUUUAGAAAAUCUGUAUUUUAAUGUAAAGUUAUUAAAUUGAUUGUGUAUGUUUGCUCCAGGUAAGAGUCCCUGCUCUAAUGAAGUUUUACCUUUCUCUAAUGUAGUAUUUGCAAAAUUAAAAAGUAAAAUGUUCUAAUUUAGUAGAUUUUAAUAUAUUCUACAGAAAUUUUUAUUUAGUGUAUUAUUUUUGUUUAUAUCUAGAAAAUCUUGAUUUUUUUUUUUUUUACAUUAUGUGAAAAAAAAUUUAUAAAUCAAUAAAUAAAACAUGGAAUUUGUGUUCUUGCAUUGAGUUUAAAACAGUAUAAUGCAUUUAGUGGAUGGCAAAAGAUUAGUUUCAAAAAUAGAAAAGGUAGCAGACCAAUUAGUACAUUCAUGAGUUGAAACAUUUGGUAUUUUUUAAACUGUAGAAUGUAAUGUUUUUCAUAUGAAACUGAAUUCCUGGAAUUUGCAGUCCAAUAUUUGUGUAUUAAUAAAAAUGCAAAAUUGAAUUAUUGAAAAAUAAUUGAAAUGUAAUUAAUGUAAAAUUUUUAUUUAAAAAAUGUUUUUGAACAGAAAAAUUUGUAAAGAACUUUUGUACAUCUGAUGUAAUCACUUAAAAUAUGCAUUUAAUUGGUGCUGAUGUUGUUUUGCAUCAAGUCAGUUUUAAUAAUAUUGGUGACAUUACCAAUAUUAGUAAUUAAAUGUGAGUAAGUGAGCACCUUAUAAAAUUAUAUAUUAUCAAAAAAAUUCAAUUUUUACAAAAUUGCUAUUGCACUACAACAUAUUUAAAAAAUGACAGAUCCAUAAAAAUUUUACAAAGUAGAGUUUACAAAUUAACUAUAUAAUUUUUAAAAAUUAAUUACUGUCAUAAAAUUAGAUAAAUUGACUUGCUGGAUCAUCAUUCUACUUUGAAGGCACUCAAAGAUUUAAAAAUUGACUUGAUCAUAUGAUAAGAUGAUCUCUGAGUUUUCAUCCCAUUUUCUAAAUGUGAAGAUUUUCAAAAUCUGGAAGCUAAUAUUUUCUGCUAAAAAUUUAUUAACGAGACAUAUUUUUAAGUAUCAAACCUGAUUUAAAAUUAUUAGAAAUAUAUGUGAGUAGAAUAUAAUCUAACAGAUCAAUUCAUCUA